AUGAAAUUCACCGAGCUUUUGGCGGAGUAUCAGGUCCCCGAGUGGAAAUCGCAAUAUGUCGACUAUAAAUGGGGAAAGAAACUACUCAAGAAGAUUCCUGACGACUUAAAGGACAGACUCAAGCGUCACAAUACCUUCAAUGAUGAGAUCGAUGCACCCAGCGAACCUCAGAACAUUGCAGCCCAGCAGCAGGCUGUACUUGUGGAUCAGACUGCCGGAGAAGCGAGCAUAUCCCCAAAAACUGUUGCGCCAGCGGCGGCUGCCGCUACUUCUCCUAAUACAGGAAUAACGCCAGGCGCAUUACUUGGAGAGCCCUCAGAGACAGAACCUUUCAAUUCUGGUUCGGAAAACGACAACUACGGGGCUACUGAGUCCCGCGAGGGCAGUGUGGAGGAUCACGAGAGGCACGAUCCUCAGAGUGGUGGGGUGGCUUCCCAUGAUCCAAAUCUGAGUCCAUCAUACAUGUCCAGGGAACGCCUUUCUAGAGGUCAGUCGGGUCACCCGACACCUAUUCUGCUAUCCAAGAUAUCGACAUCGGGUGGAGAUUCAGUGAAGCUUCCCCCGGCUGCACUCGAGGGCGGUACUACACCUGAAAUGGCACCUCAUCGAGGUAUCAUCACCCGCGGAAAGUCCUCGUCUGGUAGAGCAGACUCUGUUAAGGCCAAGUUUCACAUUGGAACACCCAAAAUCACGCCGGAGGUCAACACUAAUUAUUCCGUCAUGGACAAUUCGUUCUCAGUGAUCGCACCGUACGACAGUGAAAAGGACUUCAUUGCCUGGUUGGACUCCCAGCUGGAUAAAGUGAAUGAAUUCUACGAUCAGAAAAUGAACGAGACCCACGAGCGAUACAGAAUUCUGGUGGGACAGCUUGUGAGGCUGCAGCGACAGAAGCUGCAUCUUCGACAGCGUCCAAAUAAGCCUGCACGUGAGGGUCUGAGUGUGGUGGAACGUCAAAUUGAGCUUCCAAGUCUCCCAAGCUUUGCUUGGUUGAAAAAGAGUGACUCGAACGAUGUGUGCGACCUCGAUGCCGAAAACACUCGUGCGAGCAGCGAGAGUGCACUGCGUGGACAAAACCCGCACUUCCACGAUGCCACUACUGACCAUGAGGGAAUCUCAUACGCGUCAGCCCGACGUCAGCUGAAGACAGCAAUGCAGGAGUAUUACCGAAGUAUCGAGCUUUUGCGUUCGUAUUGCACACUCAACCGGACUGCCUUCCGCAAGAUUCUGAAGAAAUACGAUAAGAUUUCUGGGCGGCACAUGAGUGCUUAUUACAUGGAUCUCGUGGACCACACGGACUUCUGCAAUGUGGAAAACUCGCGGCUUGACAUUGUGGCCGCUAAGGUGGAGGACCUAUACACCAACAACUUUGAGCGCGGAAACCGGAAACACGCUAUUUCAAAGCUACGGUCUACUGGCGUCAACAAAACAUACUAUUUUGCGACUUUCCGUGGUGGUAUCUUCUUUGGCUUAGCAAUCCCAUUCUUCAUUGAAGGCCUUUAUCGAGGCUGUCUGAACUUGGUGGAGCACAAGUCUCCGGACACCCAAUACCUGCUGCAGAUUUGGGCAGGGUUUUUCCUUAUCCUUUUGUUCCUCCUUCUGUUCCCCCUUUGUUGCUUGGUAUGGAACAAGUACAAAAUCAACUACACCUUCAUUUUCGAGUUCUCACAGGACCACUUAGAUUAUCGGCAAUUCUUUGAGAUGCCAGCCUUCUAUUUCUUCUUCAUGAGUAUAUUCGCGUGGCUGACGUUUUACUCGUUCUGGGAGUCUUCAUUCAGGGCCGUCUAUUACCCGUGCAUCUUUCUAGUUUUUGCGGUUGUGACGUUUUUCAUGCCUCUAAACAUCUUUUAUUGGAGCGCUAGACAGUGGCUCAUCAGAGCGCUAUCUCGAAUCCUUCUCUCUGGACUCUACCCCGUUGAAUUCAGAGAUUUUUUCUUGGGAGAUAUCAUCUGCUCUAUGACCUACUCCAUGUCUAACAUUGCUCUGUUCUUCUGUCUCUAUAGCCACGAAUGGUCAGAAGGGUUCCAUGGGAUAUAUAAUCCUAGCCAUUGCGGCUCGUCUCACAACCGUUUGAUGGGUUUUUUUAAUGCUCUCCCGGGUAUCUUCCGUUGGCUACAAUGUCUGAGACGUUUCGCAGACACAGGAGAUGCUUUCCCACAUUUGGCAAACAUGACGAAGUACUCUCUUACGAUCAUGUAUUAUGUGGCCCAGAGUGUUUGGCGAAUUGACACAACCAACGGAAAUCGAGCAUUUUUUAUCUUCUUUGCUACUGUUAACUCUACUUACUGUUUCAUUUGGGAUAUCAUGAUGGAUUGGAGCUUGCUGGAGUUUGGGAGUAAGAACUUCUUGCUCCGAAACCAGCUGACCUACAAGGUCAAGUGGCCAUAUUAUACUGCUAUGGUGGUAGAUCUGGUGCUCCGAUUCAACUGGAUUUGGUACGCCAUUUUUGAGCAGCAGAUCCAACAGAAGCAACUACUCUCUUUCUUCGUUGCUCUGUCAGAGAUAUUCCGACGAGUCAUGUGGAUGUUUUUCAGAAUGGAGAACGAGCAUGUGAGUAACGUCAAGCGUUUCCGAGCAUCUCGUGAUGUACCUCUGCCAUACCAUGUGCACGUCUGUGCUGAGCCUGGUGAGACGGACGAGACUGCAGUGGAAGAGGGACACCAGGCAGAUGAUGAGGAUGAAGAUGAAGCACGUGACCGAAUGGGGUCAUCCACUGGUGUCGAAUGGGCACGGGAAUCGCCUGGGGUGUCGCGUGACUCUCCUCGGAAGUCUCGUGUCACGGAUUCACCUCUACGGAAGCGAGGUUCGCAUGUUGAAGAGGGUAAUACCCCUUCUCUCAGAGCAACUGCCACUCCAGUUAUGGAGGCAAUCUCAAACAUGGUGCAGAAAGCGCAUACGGCAGACUUUCAGAGACGAAAGAAACCUCAAGAUGAUCAGGGUAAGGAUUCGGAUGGCGAGGAUGACGACGAUGAUGAAGAUGAUGAUGAGUAG